AUGGCAAGCACUAUAAACUGCAUUCCGAAACUCAGUUACCCCAGCUCAACUGAUACUACUGAAAGAAAAGGAAGCGACAGGAGGCCAACUCCAAAUAGCAGCAGGAAUCCUCGAAGAAAUUUUCCCACACCCUGUCUCAACCCUGAACCAGGCAACAAGUACGACAAACUCAAUUGGAACGCACACCUUCGAUAUCAAGCAACAAGAGCAGCUAUCCUCCACCAAAAUCUCCUAAAAAUAGCAGGGAAAUCCUGGAGAAUUAAGCAGGCACAAAGAAAAACCCUCUACUCAACUGUAAUAGAAAGAGUACUUGCACACGGCGCAGCCAUCUGGUGCCAAGAUCCCACCGAGAGGAUGAAACGGAAACUUGCAGCCAUCCAACGACCGUUUCUACUAGCCAUAUCGGGAGCCUAUAGAACUACCUCAACAGCAGCCCUACAAAUAAUUUUGGGAAUCCCCCCUCUGCACCUCCAACUACAAAGAGAGGCAAAGGGCAUCUCGUUAUGUAGGCUCAAAAACCCGACCAACAACUGCCACCUUCAAAUUAGCCAACUAGAAAUAGACUGUAAGAUUUCAGGCUGGACUUCUCAUCCCUCGGUACACCUAGAAGAUCACCAGAUUUCACUUGACGACGGAGGCUUGAGAUCGGACCCGAAUGGAAUUUACACAGAUGGAUCGAAGACGGACAAGGGAGUAGGAGCAGCGUACUGUGUCUUCAACAAUGGAGUAACUACAACAACUUGGGCAACAAAACUGGCCCACCACAAUACAGUAUUUCAAGCUGAGAUCCUGGCCCUAUACAAGGCCGCAGAAUUCCUGAAGUCCACAUCAGCAACAUCUACCAUCUACGUCGACAAUAGGACCAGCAUCUUAGCAGCAAAAAAUCCAAAAUCCAAUAACAAAUGUGCCAGGAAAAUCUUUGCAAUACUUUCUACAAAUGCAAACAUAAAGAUAUCCUGGAUUAAAGCCCACGCCGGAUAUGCAGGUAAUGAGAAAGCGGAUAGACUUGCCAAACAAGCUGCUGAUUCAAACAGCCCUAUCCAGCCCGAACCAUACCCAAUUUCAUUCAUAAAGUCCAGUCUAAGGCAAACCAUGUUGGAAAAGUGGCAAACGGAAUGGGACAAUGGCGAAACUGGAAGACUCAUCUACCAGCUUCUUCCAAAAGCCACUUACGCCCUGGAGAAGGGAAGAAAUUCUCUUCUUCACAGGCCAUGGCCCAUUUCCCACCUACUUAAAAAGGUUCAAUUUAGCAGACGAACCUUACUGCACCUGCGGCGAAGUGGGGUCACCACUCCACUACGCAACAGAAUGCAUUUUAACUACAUCUUAUCACCUAACGAAACCAUCAGCUAA